UGAAUGCAUGAUAAUACCUGGAAAGUUAACUUGCACAUAUUGUGUAUUGUAUGCUGUUUUUGUUCAUAUGGAGUGUCUGUUCUGCCGCUUGCUAUUGCUCUAUUUCAUUCUUUGCAACGUUGAACUAACAAUCAUCAACUGCACAUGAGCGACUUUUGACCUUUGUGUUAGCGACCUUUUAAGUCUUGUGCGCCUGCUGAGACUUUUUGGCAUACAAUAAUUGAUAAGAUAUCGAUGUCGUAAUCGCACACUAAAAUUCAAGAAGCUGGAUGAAAUAAUUGGGCACAUAAAACUGCAUCAUUUGAAUUUCCACAGGAUUUGUGAUAUUUUAUUUAGGGACAGGGACAAAAUGUGAUGGAAAAUAAAGAAAAUCCUUCAGAUUCUUCAAAUUUGUAACUAACUCAUAACCAACAAACGAUGCAUGGAGCAGGUAAAAAUAUACACUGCCUGGCCAAAAAAGGUCACACACUCUAAUAUUUCGUUGGACCGACUGUCGCUGUGGCAUCGUUUCCACAAGCUUCUGCAAUGUCACAACAUUUAUUUCUGUACAGAGUUGCAUUAAUUUUUCGCCAAGAUCUUGUAUGGAUGACAGAAGAAUCUGACCACUGCUUUAAGGUUCCCCACUGUCCUUCCACUUGUUAAUAAUGCAUUGGACAGUUCUUAAACCAUGUGUGUAAUGGAUAAUAUAUGUAUGAUAAGAAAUGUUGAAAUGGUCCAUAAUGUGAGUGUAGAUCGCAAACUCAAUAGGCACCAACACUGAGCCUAUUGGGGAACUUUACAACUUAUUUUACUGAUCACAUAAUUACCACAUGAACAGCGCAAUAUUAGUUACUAGUAACUGUUCUUAUCUGAUUGUCUAUGAGGCGCCUGGAGCCUCAAAGUGGCUGUAAAAAGCGUGCAGAGCCGCUGUUUCCCUGGAGGAGUUGAGAAAAAGUGUGAAAAAGUGACAAAGUCCCACCGACGUCUACUCAGACUCAUUCUGUCCGGAUGCUGUCCCCAUAGCAACAUGAGCCUCAAAAUCCAAAGAGACAAGGAAGUCCUGCGGCGGCGAGGCAGCACACCAAUUCGCCCUACUCACCUCGUACAGAUGCCUCUGUGCAUCCGCGAGCCCCGCAUCCCCACCGGCGGUGGUCAACUCCACCCAGAUGAGCAACGCCCCCAGCGCAGGCAUCCUCCUCUGGGACAGUCCGCAUCCUACCACCCUGGAGACAAGUCCCUCCACUACCGAGCACAAUGGAGCUCAGACUCGGACGACGACUCGCAGAGCGAUUCAGAUUGUGUUUACAGGGUGAUGUUGCUAGGUGACCAAGGAGUGGGGAAGAGCAGUCUUGCCGGAAUCUUUGCGGGUGUCACAGAGAAAGAGGAACAAACUGGAGAGGACGCCUACCAGCGAACACUGACAGUAGACGGCAAGGAAACCACGCUCAUCGUCAUGGAUACAUGGGGCAGCGACAAGCUGGAGGAAGAUGGCCGUGCUGGUCAGGACGACUGCUUGAAGGUGGGGAGUGCUUAUGUCAUCGUCUACUCCAUCACUGACCGCUCCAGCUUUGACGCCGCUGCUGAGCUCCGCAUCACGCUGCGACGCAUCCGCCAGGCCGAGAACCUUCCCAUAAUCCUCGUGGGCAACAAGAGUGACCUGGUGCGCUCCAGGGAGGUGGCGGUUGAAGAGGGUCGAGCAUGUGCGGUGGUCUUUGAUUGUAAGUUCAUUGAGACGUCUGCAUCGCUGCAACACAACGUGACUGAGCUCUUCGAGGGAGUGGUGCGCCAAAUCCGCCUGCGUCGCAACGGUGUAGACGCCUCUCAGCGCAGAUGCUCCAUAUCCAAACACAAGGAGAGCAUCACCCAGAAGGCUCGGCGCUUCCUGGACCGCCUAGUGGCCCGCAACAAUCAGCGCAUGGCCCUAAAAGUGCGCUCCAAGAGCUGCCACAAUCUGGCCGUCCUCUGAGGAAAUCAACGUCCGGAAUCAAAGCAGGACGCUUCCCAUGACCGGCAAGAAAGAAUCAGGUGACUUACUGCUGCUUGUGAGAGCAGGAGAAAAACUGACAAGGAUCAUCACCGGCCCAAAGUGAAGAGGUUGUCAACAAGUGGAUGUAACUUUCUGUUUGUUUGCAGCAAAACUCCAAAAACAGCUCCACAAAUCUUUGUGGCGGGCUGUGGCAGGAACAGACCAUUAUAUUAAGAAAAGUUUUUUUUUUAAAUUGCCAUGUCUUCAUCUCCUACAGUUAUUUGGUAGUUGAUGCACAUUACUGCCAAUCGCAGGACUGUGGAAGAACAUUUACUACCACAUUUUGAUAUAGUUUGUUUUCUUACUUUUAUUAAUAGCUAAACAAGUUUUAAAUAGUUGUUUUUCAUGCUUGCCUAUUCCUUUUCCUCUCUUUUGUCCAGUAUGAAAGGUAGUUUACAUGACAAACAGAACAAUGUCCUUAAUUGACAUGACAUGACAUGGAUGCUCGGUAAACAAACUGGUUGGCCUUGCCUAAGAACUAUAUGCCUUGGUUUUGUUCAGUUUUCAUGUAAACAUCCCACUGAAUAAAGUUUUAAUGUACAGUCGUCCCAUAUCGCUCCCCCACUACAUUGCAUUUUUUUUUUUAAAUAAAAAAAAUACUUAAUAAAUGAUCGUUGCUUCGUGUUGACUAUGGCCUAUUAUUAGUCAAAAAAUAUUGAAAGACAAGUUAUAUGUCGUAUUCUUGUCAUGGCUAUCAAUGUUACACAACCCGUAUUUCAGCAAUACAAAAAUCUGACACUGAGCGUGUGUGCUCUGUUAGGAGAGUCUGUGCGAACAUCCUUAAAAAUGCAAUUUUUUCAUAUGAUAUUGGGUGUAUUUUUGUUUGUAUACAUGUUUGUUAGGUAGAUUACUUCUUCAUCUUCAGUGUCGUAUCGUAUUCACAUCGAGUGGACCACAUCAAGUUAAAAGAGUGCCUGGAAAGUUAAGUACAACUUUAAGCCUUUCAAAUACAUAGAUCAGAGCUUCAGCACAAGAUAAAAGGUAUUUAGGAUAUUAAUUGACUUCUUCAUCUAUCUGCAGAUGAAAUUUUGUCUGAUUCUGCAAAAUAUGUUUUUUGUUUUUAGCGUCUUUGUCUUUCUUCCUCGCUUUCUUAAGUUUACAAUAAGCAAAUUGGAGUGUUAGCUCAGUAACUUGCUACGCUAACGGCAGCCAUUUUUUGCCCCGCUUUGAUCCCGUAACCUGCACAAUGUGACGGAAACAACCAAUAAUAAUAAGUACAGGGUGCUAAUUCAUGUGUACAGGGCUUAAAACCCACAUUUAGAAAGUCAUAAACACAUUUUCUAUGCUAUUUUCUAUGCUAUUUCUAUGCUAUUCUGUUUAUUAAUGUAAGCUAUUUUUUGUGAUGCCCUUAUUUUGUCCCCCCCUAGGAUGUGCCGUUAUUUUGAAGGCCAGAAGGUUUGUAA